AGCUGACAAAACUAGAAAACGGAAUUUCGAAAAGGAAAUCAAAUUAAAUCCACCGUUCCGAUAAAAAAAUAGUGUGGACUGAAGGUGAUGUCGGUUACUACAGACUCCACGGAAGUGAUGAUUACAGAAGAGCGAAAGCCUCUUCUACUUGACAAUCAAACUCCAAUUCAACAACGCCUCGUCUCUCUCGACGUCUUUCGUGGUUUCACUGUACUCCUGAUGAUACUGGUUGAUAAUGCUGGCGGUGCUUUUCCCUCAAUUAAUCACUCUCCCUGGUUUGGUGUCACGCUGGCCGAUUUUGUAAUGCCUUUUUUCCUUUUUGCUGUUGGUAUUUCCGUUGCUCUUGUCUUCAAGAGAGUGGACGACAAACGAGCUGCAACCAAGAAAGUGAUUUUGAGAAGUAUUAAGCUUUUUUUGUUGGGAAUAGUCUUACAAGGCGGGUAUGUUCACGGCCAUGGAGAUUUAACUUAUGGAGUUGAUAUCACCAAGAUGCGACUCAUGGGAGUGCUGCAGAGAAUCUCAAUUGGAUAUAUGCUGGCUUCUGUUGCUGAGAUCUGGCUUGUAAACAACAUCGUGGUCGACACAGCUGCAACUUUUACAAAAAAAUACUACAAGCAGUGGAUGAUUGCCAUCUUAUUAGGGUCACUGUAUAUGUGCUUGCUGUAUGGUCUUUAUGUUCCAAACUGGAAGUUCGAAGUUUCAAGUAGUAGCUGGACCUCGCUGAAGGAUGAAUAUACAUCACAGGCUCAAAUUGUACAAUGUGGGAUGAGGGGUAGUCUUGAACCUCCUUGCAAUGCAGUUGGCUUGGUUGAUCGAAUACUUAUCGGUGAACAUCAUCUAUACAAGCACCCUGUCUACAGAAGAACACAGGAUUGCAGUGUUAAUUCUCCCGAUUAUGGACCACUACCUCCAAAUUUCCCUGGGUGGUGUCUUGCCCCUUUCGAACCUGAAGGUAUUUUAAGUUCCCUAAUGGCCGCUGUUACGUGUUUUGUGGGUCUGCACUUUGGGCACAUAAUCGUGCAUUUUGAGUGCCAUAAGCAUAGGGUGAUUCUGUGGUCCAUAUCUGCUUCCUUUCUGCUGACAUCUGGAUUUUUUGUGGCAUUGUUAGGAGUUCCUCUGUCCAAACCAUUAUAUACGUUGAGUUAUAUGUGCGUCACAGCAGGAGCAUCGGGUUUCCUCUUAACCAUUUUCUUUUACAUUGUUGAUGUCAAAAAAAUCAGAAAACCCGUAGCACUACUUCAGUGGGUUGGAAUGAACGCGCUUACUAUUUAUGCUUUGGCUGCAUGUGACAUAUUAACAGCCUUUGUCCAAGGUUUCUACUGGCGUUUACCUGAAAACAACCUGAUUUCUGUGCUGCUAUUCUUUGUGCGUCAAUAUAUAGAUACAACACACGACAUGGAUCAUACUCCAAACAUAUCUUCAGGAGAAAAUGGUGGGGUGACAGGGCACUCUAACAUCUUGGACUCUCUCCUAUACAACCUUAUGAUAUCAGAGGUUGAUGGCGCGGAGUCCCUAUUGCAAAUCAUUCUUCAAUCUAGAAAGUGGGGAACAGCAGCAUUUGUAGCUCUCGAGAUUUUGUUUUGGGGUCUUUUUGCUGGAUUCCUAAACAAGAAGCGCCUCCAUAUAAAGCUGUAAAAGUUCGUGUAAAAAUCUCGACCAGUUUAGUUUAGUUCCAUCAAUUGUAAACUCAUUAAAGUGGAGUGUUGUGUGCAUAGAUAUUGAUUGUAGAUAAUCAAAGCUAGCAAUUGCAAAGUUGGUCUCAUAUCUUAGUUCUUAUUACUGUAGUAAUGAAAUAUAUUUACUGGC